AUGGCAGCCUCCGGGGGCCUGCAAGGUUCCCUAACGAUCUCAUCCCCAAUCUCCAACAGAAACCCUAAUAUCCUCAUGCUCUCCUCCUCCUUCAAAUCCCUCUCUCUCAAGAACAAGAAGCGAACCUCUCCGACCACGAUGAGCAUGGAGGCCGGCGUCGGAGUGAUGGGCACGAAGAUCGGGCACCUUGAGAAGGCCGGGGCCGUGCCGACGGGGCACCUGCAGGAGUUUAGGCUGGAGAAGGCGGAGGGGUUCGAGCCCGGGCAGAGGCUCGUGGUCGAGGAGGUGUUUAAGGAGGGGGGUCUCGUUGAUGUGAGUGGGAAUUCGAUCGGAAAAGGGUUUCAAGGAAUAAAAAAAGGCACAACUAUAGAUUCAAGUUCAGAGUUUGUGCUUGAAGUAAAAGUAUUUCUAGAAGAACUCCCUUGUGCAUUAAAAGCUUCCAAACCCUUCCUCACAGCUGCUUUACCAGUGGCUCUUUCCAUAGUUGAUUGA